AUGCCUACCAUCAAAGAUCUAGAUCAAUUCUUUGAAUUGUCUACGGAUCUAGUAGCGAAUUUUCCAUCCACAACACUAUCAAUCACAUAUUCCAAUACCACCAAGAAACUAUCAUCCAAAGGAUCAAAAUCCAAUCCCAUCGACGAAAUUGCCUCAAACACCACAAAGCAUAAACCACCUACUCACACCGUCAGUAUAAAGUUGUUUGAACCACAUAGCGGUAAAUGCUUGAAAUACAAAACCACAAAACAAAAGGAACUCAGUCGUAUAUUGAAUGUAUUGGGUCCACAAGGUGUUAAUAGUAAUGGAUUGGGGUUGGCUAGCUUGAUGUCCAACACGAAAUAUAUACCGGAUCCAGUUGUUGAAGAAGCUCCAAAAGACUCCGGUGUUGCAAAUACUUCUACAAAGGAAAAUACGCCUUCAGUGGAAGAGAGUUCGGCAGCUGUUGGUGGUUCCAAGAAGAAGAAUAAGAAAAAGAAGAAGAAGAAUUAG